AUGUCGCGCCGUGUGUUUGUUCGGAACAUGAACGGUGAGCUCUCGUCGACGUGGCGCGGCGGCGGCUCAGAGGCAAAUACGAUGGGUGUCAACGUCGCUACGUUCGGCGCCACCGGCAUUCUAGGCAUGCACGUCCACCACCUCUGCUGCUACCACGGCUUCACUAGCAUCCUGCCGUUCCGCUUCCGUGCGGGCAUGGCGAGCGGCGUGCGCACCCUCCGCAUGGCCGGUGAUGGCACCGUGGGGCAGAACUUUGAUACCGACUACGAGAUCGACAAGGAGUUCGUUGUGAAAUCGAUCUUGGAAAAAGUUGAUAACGUCAUCAACGUAGUGGGUGCCUGGCAGGAACCGACGGUGUACGAGAACAGCCAGUCGUGGUUCUCGAUGGAGUCGAUCAACGUAGAGUGGCCCCGCAUGCUGGCGCGGUGGUGCCGUGAGAUGGGUAUCCUGCGACUCACCCAUAUGUCGAUGGUGGGCGCCGACCUCAACAGCCCGUCCAAGUUGCUCCGCCAAAAACGCGAGGCGGAGCUCGCGGUGCUAGAGGAGUUCCCCACUGCCACCAUUAUUCGCGGAACGGACGUGUUCGCCGAGAAUGACUUCACCUACUCCAAGUACCUAAAGGCGCAGCGCCACCUGAAGAUCGUGCCGGUGCCGAACAGGGGGGAGCGCAUCCAUCAGCCAGUCUUCGCCGGCGACCUGGCAGAGGCCGCCUGUCGCUCAAUUUUGCUUGACCACACCGAAGGCCACAUCGCCGAGCUCGGAGGCCCGGUGCGUUUCACGACGAAUGACCUGCUGCGCUGGUGCUCAGAAUGCAACGGCCAGCUGCACCUCACAUGGCACAUGCCGACUUGGAUGUGGCGUGUCGGGUGCACGCUGAAUGAGCGCCUGCCCGUUCAUCAGGGCUUCGGUUUGGGCACUCGAGCACCAGCCUGGAACAAGGACUGGCUUGACCGGCAGUUCAUUGACAACUGCGCCACACCGGAGCGUGACCCCGAUAUGCUAGACUGGGAGGACUUCGGCAUCCCGCGGGAGGAUCUCUACAGGAUGGAGGAAAAGUACUUUGUCACGUCGGUCAUGUGGUCGAAGGAUGCGCCAUACUUGGACUUUGGCUCCCGCAUGUAG